AUGACUCGCAGCAGCUUUCCACCUUCCUCCUCUCGUAUCUUCCCUCCCAAGGCCACCAUACCUUACCUCGUACAAAAGGUGACCGAAAAGAUUAUGGAACUUUCCGACCAAAGCGACACCUUGGUCUUGACGUACCCGACUAUCGAGCUAUCCGAAGACCGCGCCGGUGGGAGGGGUAAUUGGUACACGAGGCAAGCUUCAACUGCCGAGGUGAUGCAGACAUCGCAGAGUGCUCCCAUUACACAGGAGCCAGAUUACAUCCGACAGAUACUCUCUCGGCUCGGGGCCUGUUUGCACGAAUGUAUAAGACAAGGUAGGCCGGGACGUUUCCGGUCGCCCUUGCAAGUCGAACGGAACCCCCACGUUCCCUACCGACCGUAUGAACGUGUCCCCGUAACCCCCGCCUCCGCACCGGGCCGAUGUACGGACUACUCCAAAAACUACCAGCCAAUCCCGGCCAGAACCUCAACAAUCUGCCCCGAAAAGGACCCAUUUUGCCGGGCCCGCCGCCCCCAGGAUGUUGACCGUUUGAGCCGGAAUUGUGUUAAUAGUCCCUUCCAAGAUCAUAGCCACUCCAACGGCGGCAACUUGAGCAGCGCAGCCGCAUUAGAGGACGCCGACCAUCACAUGAUUAUGGCCCACACCCAGCGGUCUUUGACCCUUUCGGCGGCCGAGUCCAGCCUUGAUGUCUUGAUGUGCUCAUGGAUCAUGGCCCUGAUUCCUGAAUCGAUGAGGUACAUAGCCACACCAGAGUUACCGUCGGUGCAAGCUCAGGGUUUUGUCGGGCGUCAUCGAGAUGAGCCACUAAUGCAGCAGGUGCCAUUAGGAGUCAUCGAAACAUCACCACCCAAAAGAAUUAAGGUAAGACUCAUUUAUUCUGGACUUACCUGUACCAUAUUCGUUCCCGGGUACGAUUAUCGAUUCGUUGACGAUGGUAUGAAUGACACUGCAUUCUCCUCAAUACCCGUCUUCGUAGCGACUUUCUAA